GGACGCUGCGGUCUCUCUUACGGGCUCAAAACGCCAACAUGGCGGAACUUGACAAUGUCCACAAAAGCACCCCUGCUUGGAUGUGUAUACGGACCACUCGUCGCUGCAGGUGGCGCUGUGGACGCUGUCACGGUUGGUAAACACGCAUCGGCCAGUGCGCAACGCUGCGUGGCGCUGGCGUGUCAUGCGGCCUGCGAGGACGGCAGCUGCCCUGCUGGGCUGGGCCGUCCUCUCGCUGGUCGUUGCGGCGGCCAACAGCGCGGAGGGCGGCGCGGCCCGGCCUCCGCAGCCACUGGUGCUCACCCGGGAAGGCCGUGUGCUCGGGGUGCGCACCUCGUUCGAGGGUCGGCCGCUGCACGCCUUCUACGGCGUGCCGUACGCCCGACCGCCCUUGGGACGCCUGCGGUUCCUGCCCCCGGUGCCCGUCACAUCGUGGCGCCACGUGUGGAGCGCACGCCGCUUCAAGGGGCCCUGCAUGCAACGCCUCGAUGAGGUCCACUACCCGGUGCACUUGAAGAUGCUGCAGAACGCCUCCGAGGACUGCCUCUACCUCAACGUGUGGACGGCAGUCCCUGACCAACAAAAGGUCACGUCUGGCACUGUCCUGAAGCCCGUGGUGGUCAUCCUACACGGCGGAGUGUUCAGCUUCGGCAACACCGGUUCCCUCCUUUACGAUGGCUCGGCACUGGCAGCGCUGGGCAACGUGACCGUGGUGUCGAUGAACUUCCGACUCGGGGUGUUCGGUUUUCUGGACGCCAUGAACAGACAGGCACCCGGCAACGUGGGUCUUCUGGACCAACGCAUGGCUCUCCUAUGGGUGCGCCGCAACAUUCAGGCCUUCGGUGGCGAUCCCGAAAAGGUGACUCUCCUGGGCCUCAGUUCGGGCGCCGCGUCGGGCGGGCUUCAUAUGACGUCGCCCCAAAGCCGGGGCCUCUUCCACGCCGCCAUCUUGGAAGGAGGCGGGCCCCUGUGCGAUGCGUUCGUCGAGCCGUCCCGCCGUAGCCUGGAGCGCGCUAACCACCUGGCUGGAUUGCUUAGCUGCUCGCGAAUGGGCGCAGAGCUCGGGAACCUGCCCGGACAGGUGCUGGCCUGCCUGCGCAGCCGUCCAGCCGAAGACCUGUUGUGGGCGCAAGAGCGCGUCGCGUCCAGCUCCCUGAGCUCGUUCGUGGCAACGUACGGGAACUCGUUCCUUCCCAAAUCUCCGUGGAAGUCCAAGUACCUGCCGGUGCCGCUGCUCAUCGGGACGUCGAGCAACGAGGGCAGCCCUUUCGUUGCACGCCGAUGCUUCGAGCAGCCGCCCAGGCUGAACAACCGGAGCGAGGCACUGAAGAUGGUGGGUGGCCUCCUCGAGACUUACAAGAUCCCACUGCCCUCCGGUCGGCCACCCAUGGAACCUUACCUGGAGGUAGCCAGCAGCAAACGGAGAGCCCCGCAGCCGGAGGAGGACCUCAGGCGCCUGGUCGCCGACGUUUUCGGUGACGCCGCGCUUCACUGUCCCUGCAGGCUUUUCGCGGAGUGGCAUGCCAAGGGUGGCCAGCCUGUGUUCGUGUACAAAUUCUGCUACGCGACCUCGUCACUGUACGUGCCCGAGUGGAUGGGCGUUCCGCACAGCUCCACCUUCUGGUACAUGAGCGGGGUGCCACUGCGGAUGCCCGAGCGAUUCCACGAGGUCGACAGGACGCUCAGCCGAGAGAUGGUGCGCGUCGUCGCGCACUUUGCCGCGCAAAGGGUUCCGGGGGCCUUCAUGGGCCAGCCGUGGGCGCCGAUGUCCAGCGGCUCCUCGCUGGCCAUGCACCUGCAUCCGCACCAGGCCGGCGUACGAAAGGACGAACGCUCAUCGUACUGCCAGUACUGGAAUUCCCGGGAUCUCUGA